AUGCAAAACGUAGCUGCUUCUGUAACAGAUACUUUUGGAAACAUGAAACCAUGGUUUCAAAAGGUUACCAAUCAGGCUAAGACUACUGACUCAAAAUAUUUUACAACUACCAAAAAGGGUGAAAUAUUUGAGUUAAAGGCUGAAUUACAAAAUGAAAAGAAGGAAAAAAAGAAGGAAGCCGUUAAAAAGGUUAUUGCUAGCAUGACCGUUGGAAAGGAUGUCAGCGCUCUCUUUCCCGACGUUAUGAACUGCAUGCAAACUGAUAACUUAGAAUUAAAGAAACUUGUCUACUUGUAUCUUAUGAAUUAUGCUAAGACUCAACCUGAUACAUCUAUCAUGACCGUUAGUACAUUUGUUAGAGAUUGUGAUGAUCCUAAUGCAUUGAUUCGAGCUUUGGCUGUUCGCACUAUGGGAUGCAUAAGAGUUGAGAAAAUUACUGCGUAUUAUUGUGACCCCUUGCGUAAAUGCCUUAAAGAUGAAGAUCCCUACGUUCGGAAGACCGCUGCCAUUUGUGUCGCAAAGCUUUAUGAUAUUGACCCUACUUUGGUCGAAGAUAAUGGCUUUCUUAGUUUGUUAAAGAACCUUCUAAACGACAGUAAUCCAAUGGUUGUCACAAACGCUGUCGCUGCAAUCUCUGAAAUCUUGGAGACUACACAGUCUGAAUCUGUUGUCAAUCUACUGAAAAUUGAUCAGCAAAUUGUUAACAAACUUCUCACAGCCCUGAAUGAAUGCAAUGAAUGGGGACAGGUUUUCAUUCUCGAUGCCAUCGCUGAGUACACCCCAACAGAUGAACGUGAAGCCCGAGGUAUAAUAGAACGUGUCAUGCCAAGACUCCAGCACGCGAACGCCGCUGUUGUCUUAUCUGCUGUUAAAGUGGUUAUCCGUACCCUUGGAUUUAUCGAUCCAGAGUCCGAUUUCGCUCAGACUACAUCCAAAAAAUUGUCUCCUCCACUGGUUACUUUGCUUGCAGCUGAACCGGAGAUCCAAUAUGUCGCUCUUCGUAAUAUCAACCUCAUUUCGCAAAAGAAUAAAGACAUCCUCAAACAGGAAAUUAAGGCUUUUUUCGUAAAAUAUAACGAUCCAAUAUACGUUAAAUUGGAGAAGCUGGAUAUCAUGAUUCGACUGACUAACCAAGCGAAUAUUGCUCAAGUUUUAGCUGAGCUUAAGGAGUAUGCUAAAGAGGUGGAUGUCGAUUUUGUGCGCAAGGCAGUUCGAGCCAUUGGUCGUUGUGCUAUCAAAGUUGAAGCCUCGGCGGAAAGAUGUGUUAGUACACUGGUGGAACUAAUUAAUACCAAGGUCAAUUAUGUUGUUCAGGAAGCCAUUGUUGUUAUUAAGGAUAUCUUCCGAAAGUACCCAAACAAGUACGAGAGUAUUAUUGCCAACUUGUGUGAAAACCUGGACACAUUAGAUGAACCUGAAGCCAGAGCUUCUAUGAUCUGGAUCAUUGGUGAAUAUGCGGAGAGAAUUGAUAAUGCCGAUGAAUUGCUCCAAUCAUUCUUGGACGGAUUUCAUGAUGAGAAUACUCAAGUGCAACUCCAACUCCUCACUGCUAUUGUGAAGCUCUUCCUUAAGAGACCUUCGGAUACACAGGAACUCGUUCAAAAUGUUCUAGGCUUGGCUACUCUCGAAUCAGACAAUCCCGACUUGCGUGAUCGUGGUUACGUCUAUUGGCGUCUUCUUUCCACAGACCCCACCGCAGCCAAGGAGGUGGUUCUUGCUGAGAAGCCUCUCAUCUCCGAGGAGACUGACCUUCUAGAACCUUCUCUACUUGAUGAACUCAUCUGCAAUCUUGGUAGCCUCGCCAGUGUCUAUCAUCAACCACCCAGCGCUUUCGUGGAAGGAAAGCACAUUUCACGUCGACAGCUCUUUGGUACUUCAAGUGGCGGUGGUUUGGGCAAAGCCGGUGGUGUCGAUGCAGGACAACCUACUACAACCGUUAUCCCAACACAGGAAACAUUGAUUGGUGAUCUGCUGGAUAUUGAUACGGUGAUGCCGACCAGUAAUACUAUGGUACAACCUGUCGGAGGGUAUGCAGGUGCCACCCCGAUUCAUGGAAUUGAUAUGGAAGCACCAGAUUUACUUGGAGAUGGUCUUGACGAUCUUCUUCCUGGAAUUACUCCGAAGACUUCAGCGGUUGGACAGUCAGAUCCUUCCGCCGCUGACGCCCUGACCGAUAUCUUCGGUGGUUUGGGAGUGAGCUCUGGAGCUUCUGCCGCCCCCUCAAGUAGUCUUGCAAGUCACGACUUAGCCUCAAUGGUAAUUGCUUCUCCCUCACCACCCGCAUAUAUCCCUGCCCCCUCCGUAUGGCUCGAAUCCUCCCGUGGAAAGGGUCUCGAAAUCUCUGGCACUUUCUCCCUCAACACCGCCACUAACACUCCCCAAAUGGAGCUCACUUUCACAAACAACGCUCUAACCCCAAUGACCGGUUUCGCUAUCCAAUUUAACAAGAACAGCUUUGGAUUGGCACCGGCAGAGGCUCUGAGUGUGCCCAGUCCUCUGCAGUCCAAACAGUCAGCCAAAGUGACCCUCCCACUUGGCUUUGGUAAUCAAGUUGUGAAGAUGGACCCACUGAUGAAUUUGCAAGUGGCAGUAAAGAAUAACUUAGAUGUUUUUUACUUUGCUUGUCUCGUUCCAAUCCAUGUGCUGUUCACAUCGGCGGGAGAGAUGGAGAAAAUGGUCUUCUUGGCUACUUGGAAAGAUAUUCCGCCAGAAAAUGAACAACAGUUUGUGCUGUCACCGCUCACUUUGGAUGCUGAUACCUGCUCACAGAAGCUACGUAACAACAACAUUUUCACAAUUGCCCAACGCAAUGUCGAUGGUCAAGAUAUGCUUUAUCAAUCAAUGAAACUCUGCAAUGGCAUAUGGGUUUUGGCUGAGCUCAAAAUCCAACCCGGUAACAUGUCCUACACGUUAUCAUUAAAAUCUCGUGCAAUGGACGUUCAUCCAUACGUUCGUGAAGCAUUCCAUGGAAUUCUUUCCAAUUAA